AUGGUCCAGCCUGCGUCACACUCGGCUGUCGCUGCACCAAUGGUAGCUCCCAACCAGGCACUUGGAUUAAUUGCUCAAAUCGCAGCUACUGCUGGUAGUGUAGCGAUCGGCUCCGUCGGUAAUACCGUUGGACAUACCCUCAUCGGAAUGUUCAGGCUGCCCCGGUAUCGGGCGAGGCAAACACUCCGGCAGGACUAUGCUCACAGACAACACAAUGAGCAAGUCCAGGUGACAAUUUCACACAUGCCACCGUACUGCAAACAACCAUCAACAAAACCUAUGAAUGCGGAAUGUGUGACCAAGAAGAGACAGCUGGCAGUUAACAAGCGCGUAAAUGCCGGCAUGCGACCGUACUCCUGUGAUAUUUGCGGUAAAGCAUACACCAAGGGUAUAAAUCUAAGCCGGCACAAACGUAUACACACCGGCGAACCACGACACCGUUGUCGGAUAUGUGGCAAAGAAUUUUUCACUUUUGAGCAAUUGGAUCAGCACCGGCUUACCCAUGAAGAUCAGGCUUACGUUUGCGAUAUCUGCAGUAGGAAGUUUACCGAAAACAGUAGUCUCACGCGACACAAACUUAUCCAUGCGGGUGAGAGAUCGCACAAGUGCGCUAUUUGUGGUAAAGAAUUCAUAACUAGUGCUGAACUCACUCGCCACAUGCGCAUGGAUACUGGCGAGCAUUCGUAUAAGUGUGAUAUCUGUGGCAAAGGCUACGUAGAAAGAAGCAGUUUGAAACGUCACCAGCCUGUUCACAUCGAUAUGAAUCUUGCGGAACAGAUAUUUAGUUGCGACAUCUAUGGUAGAAAGUUUCUUGAAUAUAAAGAACUUACGCAGCACAAACUUAUCCACAGCAAAGAUUGA